AUGCAGCCCAACAUCAUCCUCUUCCUCUUUGAUCACUUUCUCACAUAUAUCACAUUUCAUCACUUUCUAAAACAAGAAUCAUAUCGGAGAUCCCAGUCGAUUACACCAUCUGCGAGGAAUGAUCACACCUUCUCUCCUCACUUCCACAAACUCGAGCUUGCUAUGCAGCCUUCUUCGGAGCCACAAAAGGGCCCAGCACCAGAUACCAUGGCAUCGGCCGACCAAGGCGCCGCCAUUUCCGACAAUUCCGAUAGUGAAGAGAAUCAGAUUUCCGUUCCAGUGGCUUCGGAGAACCGAAAAGCUCAAAAUGCCCAGUUUGAAGCUCUGCUGAGCGAACAUGCGGUCCGGAACUCCAGUGCGACGGCCAAGUCUAAAGCAGCCAACCGACCAGAUCAUGAGCUUGCCAUUGCGUCUCUGCUGGCUAAACACGACCCGAACGCCCGCAGUUUAGACCCCCGAGCGUACCAGAUUGAGCUGUUUGAGCGAGCAAAGCUUCAGAAUACUAUUGCAGUUCUCGACACAGGCUCAGGAAAAACCCUCAUCGCGGUUUUGCUACUGAAGCAUAUUCUCCAGCAGGAGCUGAUAGAUCGGGGUAACGGCAAGCCUCAUCGGAUUGCCUUCUUUUUGGUCGAUAGCGUGACCCUUGUUUUUCAGCAAUCCGCUGUUUUGCGCAAUAACAUUGACCAAAGUGUGGGCCACUUCUUUGGCAGCAUGGGAGUGGACCUCUGGGACCAGCAAACCUGGGACCAGCAUUUCACCCGAGAACAUGGUCAUAGCCAGAUCAACCUCUUGAUCUUUGAUGAGGCGCAUCACACCAAGAAAGAUCAUCCCUAUGCACGCAUCAUUCGCGACUCGUACCAGGGCGCGGACCCUACAAUGCGCCCUAGAAUUUUUGGCAUGACAGCUUCUCCCAUCGAUGCCAAGGGCGAUAUCGCAAAAGCGGCAAUGAAGCUAGAGGAUCUUCUGGACAGCCAGAUAGCAACGACAGCGAACCUGGAAGCUCUGCUACAAAUCGUGAGGCGGCCGAUGGAGGAGAUAUGGACAUACUCCAACCUCAACGCUCCCUUUGAAACAGACCUGUUUCGGCUCAUGAAAAAUACGGUUGGAGCAAGCGCCGAGCUGGGAAGAUGGUGUGCUGAUUAUGUGUGGACACACGCCCUGGCGGAUGAGGUUAUCCCCAAGCUUCAGGCCAAAAUCGGUAAGAACUCGGGUUCCGACAGUGAGGCACCGGGGAAAAUCGAGAAAGACAUCAAGCGCAUACAAGAGGCAAGUGAUCUUGUGAAAACUUACGAGCUCAGCAACCCACGAGAGCCAGGACAACUUAGUCCGAAAGUCGAAUGUCUACUCAGGAAGUUGACGCAGCACUUCAGCAUGUCAAAAGAUAAGAAGUGCAUAGUGUUUGUCAAGAGGAGAAAUACGGCCAAAGUGAUGGCACGCCUUUGCGACAUAAUGAACAUUCCUAACCUCCGCCCCGGCGUCUUGGUUGGUGUUCAAAACUCUGACGUUACAGGAAACAUCACAUUCCGCGACCAGUUUCUCGUGUUGAUCAGAUUUCGACAAGGGUCAGUUAAUUGUCUUUUUGCAACAUCGGUCGCCGAAGAAGGACUCGACAUCCCCGAUUGCAAUCUCGUCGUCAGAUUUGACGUUUACGACACCCUCAUUCAAUACAUCCAAAGCAGAGGUCGUGCUCGACAUGCCGACUCGACGUACGCGACCAUGACUGAGCAAGGGAGAAAGGAACAGCAGCGGCGGUUACAAGAAGUGCGAGAAAAUGAGAUGCGUUUCUUCUUCCAAAAUCUCCCCGAGAACAGAUUGAUCUACGGAGAUGAUCACGAUUUGGAGAGAAUAAAAGAGCAGAGAGAGGCAGAGCGCUUUUUCGAGAUAGACAUUUCGGGUGCAAAAUUGACAUAUCCCCAUGCCAUGGACAUCCUGGCACGGUAUGCCCAGUCACUGCAAUACGAGAGCGAUAUUUCGACAGAAGUCACGUACUUUAUCAUUCCAAUCAACAAAUGCUUCAUUUGCGAAGUGAUCCUGCCUGAGAAGUCACCUAUUCGAGGCGUCACUGGAAAGCCUGAGUCGAGGAAACUGAGAGCCAAGCAGUCAGCCGCGUUUGAUCUUUGUGUGCUCCUCCGAAGGAAUAAGCUGCUAGAUGAGCACUUCUGUUCGAUCUACCAGAGGCGUCUACCCGCAAUGCGAAACGCAAAACUGGCAAUCGUGUCGAAGAAAACGAAUCAAUACACCAUGCGCUGCAAACCAUUAAUAUGGAGUCUAGAAGAGGAAAGGAACCCUGAGCUAUUGUACGGAAUGGUCAUGAGCUUCAGGCCUUCGCAGAAACUGAUUCGUGAGCAUGGCGAUUUAAUGCUCUUAACCCGAAAGCAACUUGUGGAAUUCCCGGAAUUCCCUGUCUAUGUGGAAAACGAUACAGAGACCCAUGUUCGGACCGUGGGUCUUAGACCGGUUCUUUCGAUCAAUUACCAGGAGCUGAUGCAGUUGACCAAAUUCACCACUUCGGUCUUCAGUGACCUCUUUCAGAAAAGCUUCGAUCCAACCCCAGAGAAGUUUCCUUAUUGGCUUGCGCCGGUGAAACCGGGCAUCGGAGAAGUGACGUGUACUUCUGUACCCAAGAAAGUGAUUGACUGGGAUACACUGCGUUUCGUUUAUGAAAAUCCUGAGUUGAGCUGGUCCAAGAACAUGGGGCCAGAGUAUCUCUUGAACCAGUUUUUCUAUGACCCCUGGGAUGGCAGAAAGCGAUACUUUCCACUCGCCAUUGACACAAGCCUACGUGCAUCCGACCCUCCUCCAGCCUGGGCGCCCCAGCGAAGGUGGAUGAAAGACAUCGUGAACUACACUCUUAGCCUCUCCAAAAAUUCCCGACCAAAGUUUCUGGAACAAUGUGAUUGGGACCAGCCAGUACUUCGAGUCGAGCACAUUUCCUAUCGACGGAAUUUCCUUGAUAGGGCAACUGAAGGAGAAAAGUCAGAAAGUUCAAUCUGCGCUGUUUGCCCCCAGCCUUUGAGAAUCUCCCCUAUCCCCGUUCGCAUCGUGACUUCAUGCUUGGCUUUUCCAGCAAUCAUCACAAGGUUAGAAGCGUACAUGAUUGUUCGAGAAGGAUUUCAAUCUUUGGGCUUGGAUAUGAGACUUGACCUCGCCCUUGAGGCUUUCACCAAGGAUUCUGACAACACUGAGGAUCACCGAGCCCUGCAGAUCCAUGUACAGCGAGGCAUGGGCAAAAACUAUGAGCGACUGGAGUUCUUAGGAGACAGUUUCCUGAAAAUGGCAACAUCUAUCUCACUAUUCUGUCAAAAGCCUGAUGAUGACGAAUAUGACUUUCACGUGAACCGGAUGUGUUUGAUUUGCAACAAAAACAUGUUUAAUGCUGCUAUCAAGAUGGGACUCUAUGAGUACAUUCGCAGCCGCGGUUUCUCAAGACACAACUGGUAUCCUCCUGGUCUCCAGCUUCUCCGAGGCCGUGACUACAUCAGGCAUCUUGUCACAGAAAGCUCCCAUAACCUCGCAGAGAAGACCAUUGCAGAUGUUUGCGAGGCGUUGAUAGGAGGUUCGAUGCUUUCUGGUGGCAAAGAGAACCGCUUCGACAUGGCCGUGAGAGCAGUCAGUGUUUUCGUGAACAGUACCAAUCAUGCAGCAGACUGCUGGGGAGACUAUCGUAUAACUUAUACAAAGCCGGCGUACCAGACCAAAGUUGCUGAUGGGUUCGAGAAUGAUCUCGCCCAGAAAAUUUUCGAGCGGCUAGGUUACAGGUUCAAAUACCCGCGACUGCUACGAUCUGCAUUUACCCAUCCGUCCUAUCCACAAGCGUGGGCCAAGGUGCCAUGCUACCAGCGACUGGAAUUUCUGGGAGACGCUUUGUUGGACAUGGUGUGCGUGGAGGACAUCUUCGAAAGAUUCCCGGAUAAGGAUCCGCAAUGGCUAACUGAGCACAAGAUGGCAAUGGUGUCAAACAAGUUUCUUGGGGCCUUGGCCGUCAAGCUAGGGUUCCAUCGACAUCUACAACAUUUCAGCGCGCCUAUUCAGGCGAAUGUAACGCAUUACGCUGAAGAUAUCCAGACCGCGGAAGCUGAAAGCGAGGGAGCGAUGGACUACUGGCUGGGCACAAAGGAUUCUCCCAAAGUAUGCCUGCCUGACAUGGUCGAGGCUUAUAUUGCGGCCAUCUUCGUCGAUUCCGACUUCGAUUACAAAGUCGUCGAAGAGUUCUUCAUCACCUACGUCAAACCAUACUUCGUGGAUAUGUCACUGUACGACACAUUCGCCAACCGACAUCCGACAACUUAUCUGCACAAUCAGCUGACCAAUAUCUACGGCUGCACGAAUUAUUGCCUCAAGUCUGGUGAGCUCCCUGGCAUAGACGGAGACGCACCACGUAUUCUUGCCGCUGUUCUGAUCCAUGGCCACUCCGUCGCGGAAGCAGUUGCAUCUUCAAGCCGAUACGCGAAAGUCCGAGCGAGUGAACGUGCACUGGCGGCGAUCGCGGGGCUGUUGCAGACCGACUUCCGUCUUAAAUUUUUUUGUGAUUGUCGGCCUCCAUCUGAGUCCGAAAGGAUGAAGACAGAACACGUUGGAACUGCGAUUUGA